GUAUAUAUUUAAGUUUUUCCAGAUUUUAACAAAAACCCCACAAACUAUAGUAACACCUCAUUUGUUCCUUACUUAGUUUUCCAGGUAAAUUGAAGUUUGUCAAAAGUUUAUCGUGCCCAUGCUAGUUGAAGGUCAUGGCAAUCCAUUUUCCCCAAGCUUUUUUUAAAUCAAGCACUGGGGUGAUAUUCAUGUUGGUUGGAUGUCACCGUUGUCACUGAGUCUCGGAGCUGCUCACCAGAGUGACUGCUGGGGUCCAUGAAUCUGUUCACUUCCCUCUAGCAGCCAGUCUGCCUGCCUUCCCUGCAGAAAUGACUUUAGGCAGCCAGACAGCCCUGUCGCCUGAGGUUGUUCUGGAGACACUACACCAUGUUUCUCUAACCUGUUCUCUUUUCAGUGUCAAUCUUCUUCUGCAGUCUUUUUGAUUGCAGAAGAGACAGGAUACAUUGAAAAUGUGUUGACUUGCUUGCUUAUUUGUAGCCCAUCUCAAGCAUUAGAACUACCAACCAACAACCCUGAUGCGACCUCUCCAGAUUGUCCCCAGUCGAUUGAUUUCCCAGCUAUAUUGUGGCCUGAAGCCUCCAGCCUCCACACGAAACCAGAUUUGCCUGAAAAUGGCUCGGCCAAGUUCAAGUAUGGCAGAUUUUCGGAACUGUUUUGCAAAAGCAAAGCACAUAGUCAUCAUCUCAGGCGCAGGUGUUAGUGCGGAAAGUGGUGUUCCGACUUUCAGAGGAGCUGGAGGUUAUUGGAGAAAAUGGCAAGCCCAGGACUUGGCGACUCCCCUGGCCUUUGCCCACAACCCGUCCCGGGUGUGGGAGUUCUACCACUACCGGCGGGAGGUCAUGGGGAGCAAGGAGCCCAACGCUGGGCACCGCGCCAUAGCCGAAUGUGAGACCCGGCUGGGUAAGCAGGGCCGGCGAGUUGUGGUCAUCACCCAGAACAUCGAUGAGCUGCACCGCAAGGCUGGCACCAAGAACCUUCUGGAGAUCCAUGGUAGCUUAUUUAAAACUCGAUGUACCUCUUGUGGCGUUGUGGCUGAGAAUUACAAGAGUCCAAUUUGUCCAGCUUUAUCAGGAAAAGGUGCUCCAGAACCUGGAACUCAAGAUGCCAGCAUCCCAGUUGAGAAACUUCCCCGGUGUGAAGAGGCAGGCUGCGGAGGCUUGCUGCGCCCUCACGUCGUGUGGUUUGGAGAAAACCUGGAUCCUGCCAUUCUGGAGGAGGUUGACAAAGAGCUCGCCCACUGUGAUUUAUGUCUAGUGGUGGGCACUUCCUCUGUGGUGUACCCAGCAGCCAUGUUUGCCCCACAAGUGGCUGCCAGGGGUGUGCCAGUGGCUGAAUUUAAUACGGAGACCACACCAGCUACGAACAGAUUCAGGUUUCAUUUCCAGGGACCCUGUGGAACGACUCUUCCUGAAGCCCUUGCCCGUCAUGAAAAUGAAACUGUUUCUUAAGUGUCCUGGGGAAGAAAGAAAUUAUAGUGUAUCUAAGAACUAGGCCACAUGCAGAGGAGAAAUGGUCUUAUGGGUGGUGAGCUGAAUAUUGAACAAUCUAAAAAUAGCCUCUGAUUCCCUAGCUAGAAUCCAACCUGUUGAUAAGCGAUGGGGGCUUAGAAGUAGCAAAGAGCACCCACAUCAAAAGUCACAGAACUGGAAAGUUAAUGCAUAUUAUUUGGUCUGAACUGAAACGUAAGAUAUCUUUGAUGUAUAUGGUUGGUUAUUGGGAGGAGAAAAUUUUGUAAAUUAGAUUGUCUUAAAAAAAUAUAGUUAUCCUGAUCAUAUUUUUGUUAUUUGGGCAAGGUAGAAGUCGAGGGGUAAAAACCCUACUAUUCUGAUUUUUGCACAAGUUUUAGUGGAAAAUAAAAUCACACUCAAUAGUAGGUAA